UUCGUUCCAUGGGGACAAAUGGAUUUUCAUGAAUAUAUUGUGCGUUACUCACUGAGGCAUGAUUACGUAAAGGUCGCUCGAAUGCUCAACCAUCCACUUGAUAGUAAAUUGCAUCUUGAAUUCGCUUUCUUUAUCAUGAAAAAUAUUGUAAACCAUCGGAAUUACACUCACUACUCAGUUGUCCGAGAGCUAGCGAAGCAGCUUUCAAUGUACAAACUUCCGUGGGCAAGUCAUGAGCGUGAUGUGUGUGCCAUUGAACGGGCAGCUGCAUAUAUUGUACUGAUGAAAGAUCUUAUUUCUAUUAACGGUGACGAACAAGCGAAAGCGAGUUUUAUUUCUUCCGUUAGAGAAUUUUUGCCUGAUACAAACCGAUUCAAGGAACUGGAUGCAGAAGUGCGGAAGAGUCGCGUAACUCUUUUAGCGGUAAUAAUGAAAGAACAUCGAAUAAGCCGACUGCAAUACGAAUUUAAUACACGAGCAGAGAAAAUUUCGAAACAAAUCAAAGAACGCUUAGAAAAUCUCCAGAAUGAUUUACUUCCACAACUUGAAGAUUUUUCAGCACAAAAGUGGGCAGAAAGCAGUCAGCCUGAACAAGUUGCCUUAUCUGAAAUUGUCGCAUCCAAUGGUGUAUGUGAAGAAAGUUUGCUACUCUAUUAUGAAGUGCUUCAGAAUACGCCAAGUAUGAGUGCCGAUUUCUUUCGUGUAAGUACUGAUGACAUUUUUGCUAAACGACAUGAAGAGUCUAAUUUUGUAAUUAUUGACUAG